AUGGUCGUCAAUCGCGAUGUUUCGUCCUGGUCUACAUCACAUCUCCUUGCCGAAUUAAGACGACGACAACAACAAGAUGAAUCUGGAACGAUUGCCCAGAAACCUGUUUGCGGAUCUGGGGUUAAGGGUAGUUAUAAUACGUCUGCGCAUGUAUAUGCGCUUGUGCUAAUACUCGUCCUGAGUACAAUCGCAUGCGGAUUUCCCCUGAUUUCUCGGCGGUCCUCGGAAUCCGAUGGCCCGAAUCGAUUUAUAUUUCUUUCUCAACAUUUUGGUACUGGGGUUCUGAUAGCUACUGCAUUCGUGCAUUUAUUACCAACGGCUUUCAUGUCCUUGACAGAUCCAUGUCUACCGUACUUUUUCAGCGAUGGAUAUCAUCCUUUAGCAGGUCUUAUUGCCAUGUUCAGUGCAUUGGUAGUCGUAGGGCUGGAGAUGUUUUUAACGACUAGAGGGGCAGGUCAUUCUCAUUCACAUGGAGGGAAUUGGGAUAUUGUGCCCGGUGGGGAAGAUGAAGGGAUGCAAGGAAAUGGGAGCGCGAAAAGGAAGGGGAAGCAGUCGAAUGGCAGAUUAGGCAAAUUAGGUCUAAAUCAUCGACCACAAGAUAUCGCAUUAGAAGAUAUGGGAGAAUCCGAAGGUCUCGUCGCAGGAGUCUCGCCUUUCCCAGUGUCAACGCCUAAAGCCGGUCUUACCGGGGACUCCGAGCAUAACAAAUAUCAAGACGCCAAUAUCUCAGACGACGACUCCGACCUCGUCCUCGAACUCGAUGAAUUGAAUGAUCCCCUCACAAAGACUCCUACCCAUUCUCCCCACGACCCUGAAACUACUACCUCCUCCCCAGUCUCAGCCGAAGACUCACAAAAACGUCAAAUACUACAAUGUCUCCUCCUCGAAGCUGGUAUCCUCUUCCACUCCAUCUUCAUUGGCAUGGCCAUCUCCGUCGCCACGGGUCCUCCCUUUGUCGUCUUUCUAAUCGCUAUUGCCUUCCAUCAAUCCUUCGAAGGACUCGCCCUCGGAUCCCGCAUCGCCGCGAUUAAUUUUCCCACCUCUUCCCCCCGCCCCUGGCUCAUGGUUCUUGCAUAUGGAACUACGACGCCCGUUGGUCAGGCCAUUGGUUUAAUUGUGCAUAAUUUGUACGAUCCACAUUCCGCGGCUGGGCUUUUGAUGGUGGGGUUCAUGAAUGCUAUUAGCAGUGGGUUGCUGCUAUUCGCGGGCUUGGUACAAUUGUUGGCCGAGGAUUUUUUGAGUGAUAAGAGUUAUGGAAUUCUCAAGGGAAGAAGAAGAUGGGAGGCUUUUGUGGCGGUUCUGGGUGGGAGCUGUUUAAUGGCGUUGGUGGGGGCUUGGGCAUAA